AUGGAAGCUCCGGGCACUGCUGGAGCAGCUGCAGCCGCUAAACCUGGAGGUGGUCCUGCGACAGGAACUGCUAAACCUACUGGGCCUACUGCAAGUUGUGUAGGAGCAAAACCAUCGUGUGGCGCACCGAAAUCUCAAGUGGCAUCAUCGCAACCAUGCAAGGUGGCACCAUCAUGUGCAGCAUCAGCACCACCUAAACCAUUACCUGCCAUACAGUCUGACACCUUUAGUGUAUAUCUUUUGAAAAAACAAUGUGAGUUUUAUUAA